CAUCCGCGGUAUUUACAAAAUGGCGGCGAGCGCGGUAAAGGAAAAUUCAGAAGAUUGUGAUUUAAACACUUUGAAAGCGAGAAAAGGAUCGCUUACUCCCGCAGAAGUAACUGAAUUGUCUUCACUGUCAUCUCAAGAACCCGAGGAAGUAAUACGAUGUUUGGAAGGCCGACAAAAUAUAUAUGGUCACCGUAACCCAGAAGCAGAGACCCAAAUUUACUCUCUGAAUACUGUAGACGGUGAUGGAGAGUGUAACUUCAAAACAAGAAAUAUCGCUAAUACUCCAACGCAGCUGACGAACACAACUCCAGGAGCAUUCAGGAAACAACCCUUUAGAAGCAGCUCUAAGCUAAGGCAACCAUUUAAGUCACCUCUUCAAAUGAGACGGCAGACUACAUCUCUUGAAGAUGAAGCAUCUUUGGUUAAGGAGAUUGAAACUUUAAAAGCCAAGUUAGAGAUUCUGGACAAAGAGAUCAAAGACCUCAGUGAAGAGUACAGUGAAGAAGAGCUUCAGCAGCACAUACAGAUGCUUCAUGAGUACAAUGAAAUUAAAGAUGUGGGACAACUUCUCCUUGGAAAAUUAGCUGAAAUAGAUGGGACAACAACACGAGCUAAGUAUCAGGAAUUUGGACUGGAUACUGAUGACUAG